GACAAAUACAAUAAUAAGUGAACCAUUGCGCAGCGUUAUGGAGGGACAGUUUAUUCUUCAUGACGAAAUUGUUCGUCUGCAAGAUAAGACCACAGCCGAAUAUUAUAUUCCCAACGAAAUGGCCAUAGCGGGUCAAAGUGAUCACGAAUUAGCUCGGUACCUGAAUGAUAUUACCGAUAGAAUUGAAGUCUCUUCCGAUGCCAUUGUUGAUCCCAUUGUUUUUGACAAAAUUCGCAGCUUUCUAAAAAAUCUGUCAAGUCUCAAUCAACGUAUAUGCAACCGACUGCUCGAUAUUCUUCUUUCUGCUUUCAAAUCCGAAAUCAGAACGGCAUCGGACGAUCUCGACAACAACGAAAAAGAUACUUUUGCCGGACAUCGUCAACACCUUGAAUUGUACAGUUUCUUGAUCUAUUGGUUUUUGACAGCUGUGGAAGAGAAAUCGUCUGGCACCACAACAAAGUCAAAGAAAGGGAAACACCGAUCGGACGAUGCCAAUGCAAAAGAUUACAGUACACAAAAAGCAAAAGCCUUUGAUGCGAUUGGGUGGUUACUGGAACUCAAAUUGGGCAAUAUUUGGACAUUGACGCCCGAACGCAAUACGUUUAUCACCCUUUUCACAAAACCGGCAUACCAAGUGUUUGAGAAUCCACACUACGUGAAAUCGAGCAUCGUGAAAACUCGGGCGUUUAAAAUAUUAAGCCUUUGCAUCAAGAACUACGGGCAUCUUUCUGCUUCCCAAACGACCAUCAUGCAAACUUUGCAGUACUGGGAGCAUUCGGCCGAACCCAUGGCGGAAUUUCUGCAAUAUCUGGUGAAUCAACACGAUUAUAGACAGUUAGCCGAUGAAAUUUUACGAGAAAUCAGUAACAAGGAGUUCAAGGAUACCACAACCAAAGAACUCAAAGAUACACCCAAUGCCAAGACUUUUGCCAUCUUUCUUCAAAAGCUCGCUGAAUUGUCGCCAAAAACCAUCCUCAAGAAUCUCGGUUUACUCAUUCAUCAGUUGGAUAGCGAGUCUUAUACCAUGCGCAUUGCACUCAUCGAUAUUCUCGGCAUGCUCAUUGUUGAUCUCACGGAAAAUGGAAACGAUUCACCGUCGCAAAAAGAUCAAAUCAAUGGAUUCUUUGAUAUAUUGGAAGAGCGCAUGUUGGAUCCUAUCUCCUUUGUACGAUCCAAAGUUCUUCAAACCUAUCUGCGACUUUUAAAUUUGCGCGCCAAAUUCCCCAAGCGCCGUCAUGCCCUCGGCGUAUUGACCAUUCGUCAUUUGGAGGAUAAAAGUAGCUCGGUCAGGAAAUACGCAAUUCGAACUCUCACCAAAUUGAUGGCCACUCAUCCUUACAGCAUGUACGGUGGAGAACUGGACCUAGUGGAAUGGGGAAAGCGGUUCCAGAAAAUCCAAGAGGAACUGGAGAAUGUGACACGUCCAGCUCAAGCAGCAGUGGAGGAGGUGGCUGCAAACAACAGCGAAGAAGAAGCUGCUACAAAUACCCAAAACACCACGGACAAUGACACUGAGACGAAUAACCAGAGUACGGAAGACAGUGAAGCUGCUACAGAGGAUGUGGAAAUGAGCGAAGCAUCGCAGAGCGAGCCUAUCGCCACGACGGAACCGGAAUCCACGACGAUCUCAGAACCCGCGACAAUCCCAGAGCCAGUGAACAUGGUGUCUCCGGAAAAGCUACAACAGCUCAAUUUGAUGCGUGCUUUUCAUGCCGACGCUAUCAGAUUUAUCCAACAAAUUCACACCGCUAUCCCUACGAUAUGUCAGAUUUUAUCCUCCAAAUCAAAAGCGGAAGUUAUUGAAGCGAUGGAUUUCCUGGUCACGGCGUAUAACUACAAAAUCAAAGAAGCUUCGACUGGCAUCAAAAAAAUGCUUCAUUUGAUCUGGACCAAAGAUACUAGUGAUGAAGGCAAGGGCGUCAAGAUGAAGCUUUUGGAAUGCUACCGAAAUUUGUAUCUUGAAAUGGAUGCCAAGCUGAGCAGCAAAGAAAAUAUCAAUGUCAUUGCGAGAAAUCUUAUUCAGCUCACUUAUAACACGACGGUGGCCGAAUUAACAUCGCUCGAACAAGUGCUCAGUACGCUCAUGCCCGAUAGUGUCAUUUCCGACCAAGUGAUCUACAAGCUCUGGAGUGUUUAUGCUUUCAAGGGCAAUAUUCCCAAAAGUCAGCGAAGAGGAGCCAUCAUUAUUCUCGGCAUGUUGGCCAAAGCAAAUACCGAAAUCAUCUCUGGAAAGAUUGAUCUGUUGCUCCGAGUCGGUUUAGGUCGACUUGGCAAGGCCGACUUGAGUUUGGCAAAAUACUCGUGCAUCGCUCUUCAAAGACUGGCAGGCACGAAAUCCGAAAAAGUUCGAGGUGUGCAUGAAGGUGUACGUCUUCCCAUGACCCAUCCCAUCUUUGCCCGUUUAAAAGAUAUCAUUGAGAGUUCAAGCGAUGCUAUUGAAUGGUUCAGCCUGACGGAGCAAGCGAUCAAUACAGUAUAUCUGUUGGGCGAACAUCCCGAUACACUGUGCGCGGAAAUUAUCAAAACCAUGUCAGUGAAAGUGUUUGGUUUGGCCGAAACGGAAAAUUCGCAACAGACCGAGGAAGGACUGCCCAACAGUGAUACACAGAUGGACAUCGAUUACAACAUGAGUCUCUCACAGCAAGCGUUACCGUAUCCACACCACCCAACGCAUCGAAGUUCUUUUGAACUCAGUCAGUUGAUCUUUAUUGUGGGCCACGUGGCUCUGAAGCAGAUUGUGUAUCUCGAGAUCGUCGAAGCUGUGUGUAAACGGAAAAAGAGCGCGAAAGAAGAUAAUGAACAACGCCAGACAGCUGGUCAAGAAGACGAGUUGGAGCAAGUUGGAGGCACGGCUGAAGACGAUAUUGUGGAUGCCAUGACGCACAUCCGUGAACGAGAAAUUCUUUUUGGUCCCAAUUCCUUACUAGCUCGUUACGGCCCUCUACUCACGGAAAUUUGUUCUUAUAACAAAGUGUAUACGGAUCGUGUGCUUCAAAUGACGGCAACGUUGGCCCUUGCCAAAUUCAUGUGUGUCAGUUCCGAUUUCUGUGAAAAGAACCUUCGGUUGUUAUUCACCAUCCUGGAAAAAUCCAAAAAUGCUACUAUCCGUAGCAAUAUUGUGAUUGCACUGGGUGAUAUGGCGGUCUGUUUCAACACGCUCCUGGAUGAGAAUAUCACGUUCCUUUACAACCGUCUGGGGGACAAGGAGACGGUAGUGAAGAAAAAUGCGGUCAUGGUUCUGACGCAUUUAAUCCUCAAUGGCAUGGUCAAAGUCAAGGGACAAAUUAGCGAAAUGGCCAAGUGUCUUGAAGACCCCGAUCAACGUAUUGCGGAUUUGGCCAAGCUGUUCUUCACCGAACUGGCGACAAAGGAUAACGCCAUUUACAACAAUUUACCGGAUAUGAUCAGUAACCUUACCACGGGUGCUAACCGAGUGGAAGAAGAGAGCUUCCACAAAAUUAUGAAAUUUAUCUUUUCCUUUGACUUCGCCGAAAAGGAAAAGCAAGCUGAAAACGUGGUGGACAAGCUGUGUCAGCGAUUUCAAAACACCGACGACGAACGUACAUGGCGCGAUAUUGCUUUUUGUCUGUCAUUGCUUCCUUUCAAAUCCGAGCGCAGUUACAGGAAACUGCUGGAGUCACUUCCAAUGUAUCAAGAUAAACUUCAUGUAGAAUCGGUGCAUAAAAGUUUCCUGGAAAUCGUUGCCAAGGGCCGCGCUCAAAAGCUUCAGAAACCGGAAUUGAAGAGCGUCAUUGAUGAACUGGAACAAAAACUUGAAAAACAAAGCGAAGCACAGGAACAAAAUGAGACCACCACCCAACCCCGUAAAGCAUCAUCUUCCAAACGAGUUUUGCGAAGUUCAAGGAGCAAGAAACAAACCAAUGUGAGUACACCAAAAACGCCAACGCGGCGACGCAAGCGUGCUUUACCUGAUACCGAUGAUGAAUCGGAGGACGAUCAAGAUAUGCCAGAUUUGGACAACGACGAAACAGAAGAUGAUGAUGAUGAUGAUAUUGAGGAAGAUGAUGAUUUGGUAGAGGAUGCCACCGCAGAUCCGGUCGACGGGAGCGUGGAGGAAUAAUAUCAAUAGCCAUAAACUGUGUCAACGAUGCAUAACAGGAACCUUGUAAAUAAUUGAAACUAUAACAAUAAUAAUAACCGGAAAAAGACAUCAGUAUUUAUAAUCUGGAUACUAAGCAAAAUUCUUACGGCGAAGGAAAAACCAGUAAUUAACUCGUGUCUUUUUUUUUCCAUCCAUGAUGUCUGGGUUUGAUGUAAUAGAGAACAAUAUGCAGCCAGGCAUUGGCGGAGUUUUGUAGAUACUCCGCCCUGUGUGACUUUCACUAUUGGACCUUUUUUCUAUCGAUCUGCUGGUUUUGCGAUG